CCUCCCUCUUUUAGAGUUUAUUUUCUGGGAGAAAGGGAAGACUGCAAUUCGGAAUUGACUGUCGCAACUGUGAUUACUGAGCAAGGCGAAAAAGAACCGGUCCCUAGGAGAAAAUGGCGUCUUGGAGAGAUUGCAAGGCGUGGCAGGAUGCUGGACUUGUUCUAUCAACCACAAGUAACGAGGCCUGUAAAAUGUAUGAUGCUACACUCACUCAGUAUGUGACUUGGAAAAAUGAUAAGAGUCUAGGAGGAAUAGAAGGAACUCUCUCAAAAUUACAAGCGGCCGAUCCUAGCUUUUCAAUGGGGCAUGUGAUUGCCAAUGGUUUGGUCCUGAUUGGAACUGGGAGUUCUGUGCGACUGGACAGGAAACUAGAUGAUGCAAUAAGAAAAAUGGUUGCAGUUUCACAGUCUCAACCAUUGACUGAGCGGGAGAAGUUACAUGUGUCCGCGAUAGAGCUGUUUGCUAAUGCGCAGCUCCCUAGAGCAUGUGAGGUGUGGGAACAGAUUCUACAGAACCACCCAAUGGACUUGCUAGCUCUAAAAUUUGCACAUGAUACUUAUUUUUACUUGGGACAGCAGACACAAAUGAGGGACUCUGUUGCCCGAGUGUAUCCUCACUGGACACCAGAUAUUCCUCUUAGCAGCUACAUAAAAGGCAUGUACUCCUUUGGACUGAUGGAAACCAAUUUCUUUGAUCGUGCUGAGAAGCUUGCCUAUGAGGCUUUAGCUAUUAAUCCGACAGAUGCAUGGUCUGUGCACACUUUGGCUCAUGUGCAUGAAAUGAAGGCAGAUGUGAAGAGGGGGCUGGCAUUUAUGAAGCAAACUGAAAACAACUGGAAGGAUAGUGACAUGCUUUCCUGCCAUAAUUACUGGCACUGGGCUUUGUAUCUUAUUGAAAAGGGUGACUAUGAGACUGCUUUGACCAUUUAUGACACUCAUAUUGCAUCCAGGUGCCAGCUGAGUGGGACCAUGCUAGAUGUUGUUGACAAUUCCUCCAUGCUGUAUCGACUUCAGCUAGAAGGUGUGAAUGUGGGUGACAGGUGGAAACAAGUAAACCAGCUGACAAAGAAGCAUGCCAAGGAUCACAUCCUGAUCUUCAAUGAUGUUCACUUUCUGAUGUCUUCAUUAGGAGCCCAGGACCAUAAAACAACUCAAGAACUCUUAGCAACCCUCCAAGAACUGGCCCAGGUGCCCGAUGAAGACCAUGAGCUGAACCUUGUCCCAGAACUGGGGCUGCCUCUUUUGCAAUCAUUUGUUGAAUUUGAGAUGGGCAAUUAUGACAAGGCAGUGGAAUUGCUGUAUCCUGUUCGCUACAGACUUGUUGAAAUAGGAGGGAGCAAUGCUCAGAGAGAUGUUUUUGCCCAGUUGCUGAUUCAUGCUGCUUUAAAUUGUAAAUCCAAAGCUAACCAGAAGCUUGCAAGGUGUCUCCUUAUUGAACGUGAUGAACUGAGACCAAAUUCCCCAUUGACUGAACGUCUGAUGCGAAAAACCACAACUCUUCAUGCUUUGGGAUAAACCUUACACUUUUAUUGGUUGACAGGCUUGCAAUAUUCAUUAUAAAUCAGCAAUGUUUUCUUUUGUCAAUAAGCCAAUUGCAUAAUGGGUACUGAACUUUGCGUAAAUACAAGAUAUCAGGCUUUCAGGAAAUUAAUGAGAGGGAUUCAGUUUUGCUUCUGGACUUUCAGGAAUCUGUAGUGUGUUCCCCCCUCCCUACUUUAUUUCCAUACUUAUCCAAUGGGGGAGCAGAGGGAACCCCCAUGGUGCCCAUGCUUGGUGCCCACUGCUUCCAGGGUCUCCAUUCACUGGUAGCUGGGAUUGCCUCGAAAGUGGAGACCUCUAGUCGCUGCAGUCUUUGUUUCCUUUGCAUGCCACUGAGAGCAGUUGGCUUGUCUUUUGUAACUAUCCAUGGUAACCAUUUUAUUGGUUGUGCCCAGGACAAAUUUCAAAUGCGCCCAUGAGCCUCAAAAGGUUGCUUAAUCCUGACCUACUGGAAUUUUCUUGUUCACAUUUUUGCCAUUCCAGAAAUGGCCAUGGUAAUUGAUAAUGGGUGAAUAGAGCUGGGCAGGGGUAAGUUGUGUAAACCUUAGUUUACACAAUAUGAAGAAUCCAUAGCUGCAAUCCACUGAGAACUAAUGUGCAAAUCCAUUUUAAAUGAAUGUGAAUCAAGCAGUGUUGCAGACUUGCACUUUGUAUGUCCUUGAAAUGAAUAGGCUGCAAUUGAUGGUUUGGGAAGUAAAGAUCUAUAUUAAAUUGUGACAGUCUCUCUCUGAAACUAAGUUAAUAGUUGUAUACACAUACAAAUUCUAGUAAAAGCUGUGCUUACAUGUA